AUGGAGAGCGGGUGGUGCCGCGGGCGUGGGCGGUGCGGGCGUGGGUGGUGUUCCCGGGAGACGCGGCAGGCGGGCGUACAACUGGUGCUGUUGUGUGUAGCGUCCUGCUCCUGGACUCUCCUGCUCAUCUCCCUCACCCUCACCUCAACCACCACACCAGCCCACAGGCAGGUGGUGGAGGUUGUUGGUGGGUCAGGGCCCCAGUGGUCGGGGGGCAGUGCCGGGGCCUGCGAGGAGUGCCUGGCCAGACGAGGGCCCCCACACUCCUACUGGAGGGUGUUCGAGAGGCCGCUGCGGCAGGUGGUGGCCGCCCUCACCCGCCUGGACCGCCCCCUGGCGCCACCUGCCUUCCGCGCUCACCUCCUCGGCACCAGAACCUUACUGCGUCACCUGGCUUCCGUCCUGCACCUGCGGGUCAUGGACGGCGCUGACGGCGGCACCGACAGACGGGAGACAGAGGCGGCGGUGCUGGCGGCGCCGGGGCAGCCACACGGACGGCUGGCGUGCCCGGAGCGCUUCCUGGGCUCCAAAGUGGGUUACCCGCGCUACGCGCAAGGCUUCUCCCGCGUCAACUGUUCCGCUCUGGCGCUGAAGGAGGCGGUGACGGCCGUGGUGUGGGACGUCGACCACGGCCGCCUCGCCGGCCUCCUCUCGGACUUCAGGCGGAUAUACCCGGGUGUGUCCGUGGCGGUGGUGGCGGCGGGCGCCACGCCGGGGCUGCGGGCCCAGCCGCCCACGCCCUCACUGGCGCACGCAAUAACCAGAAUUUUGAGUGGCGUGACGACGCCGUACGUGCUCCUCGCCCCGCGUCUGUCCCAGUUGAGUGGACACGCGCGUCUGGAGAGACUGUUGUGGGUGGCCGAGUGGGCGGGGGUGUGGGCGGUGGGCGGCUCGGUGAGGGGCGUGGACGGGCGGUGGCGGGCCGGAUGUGUCCAGGCGGUGGAGGGGGGCGGGCAGCUGGCGUACGGGAGGGGUUACGACGCCUCGGUGUACGAGUGCCAGCUGUGCCACACGCUGGAGGGCCCGCUGGUCAUGCGCACCGCCGCCCUCGCCGCCCUCAAGUGGCCCAGCCACACCUCGCCCGACCACCUCCUCCUCCCGGAGCUCUUCCUGGAGGCUCACGCCGGCGCCGCCCCUCACCAGCACGCCGCAGCCGCGUGCCCGGACGCCAUGUUCCUGCAGGCGACGCUGGAGCCGCCGUGGGAGGUGGCGGCGUCGCCCCGCCACCGCCAGAGGGAGCUGCGGCGGGUGGCGGCGCUGUGGCGGCCGCUGGCCAGGCGGCGCCACCUGGCCCGCCUUCACCUGCCCUCAGGGGUCACCAUCAACUACCCCUGUGACUACCUCCCGGCCGCCCGCCCACUGUACCCCGCGCCCAUCACGCCCACAGACACCACCAGCCUGGCGGCGUGGGCGUGCGAGGGGCGGGAGCUGGCCACUAUACUGUCAGCACUGGUGCGGGCGUGUGACUCCCUGCAGGUGAAGUGCUUCCUGCGGGACCCUACGGUAUCAGGUGAGUCUUGGCCACGAGCGGUGUGGGAGUUGGAGGGGAGGACGGUGGAGCUAGGGGUGGGCUCCGGGGAGGUGCUGCCCAGUAUCCUGCACGUCGCUAACAUGUCCCACUACGGUACCUCCCUCGAGGGAGGAGGUCUGCGGGUGGAGGGCAGGUGGUGGGCGGUGACCAUUACGCCCACACAACACCCUUCCCACGCCCACUGGUCCAGGGUGGAGGUGGUGGCGGAGGUGUGGGUGUGGGCGGCGCUGCCGACCGCGGAAGAUAUGGGCGUGCGGGCGGACGCCCUCCCACACACGCUGGACAUUCUGGAUACCUCGGAGGUCGAGGCCAUGGCUCUGCUCACCUCUCCAAGAUGUGCUCAGGGGCGCAGCUCCCACCUCGCCCUCAGCUCACCCUAACCCCACCCUUCUAAGGUCGUCUUUACCCACCCUUUACGACGUCUUAAAUUGGCCCCCUUAGCUCGUCUUGAACUACCUCUUAAACCCUGUUGACCUCCAUUUUAUAUCUGAAUGACACCUUAGAUAAUCCUUAACUACUCUUUAGAGCUAAAUUGCCAUUUUGAGGUCAACUGUUACCCCUAUUAGGUUACCCCUAAGGUCACCUAUUGCCCCAAUUUGGUCACCAAUUACCCAUAUUAGAUCACUAGUUAGGUUACAUUUUGAACUUAUCUUAAGAAUUUUUGGUAAUAUUUAAAGCGCUCUAAAAUUACCUUAUACAAAUAUAACUUCCAAUUGUUCCCAUAACUUAGUCCUGUACUGACCUAAGCUGACCCCAAGCUGGCUCCUGCUGACCCCAAGCUGAUCAAUCUGACCCCAAGCUGAUCAAGCUGACCCCAAGUUGAUCAAGC